AUGACAGCGGAAACUUGCCACAAGCAUUCGCAAUGCUUUUUGAACAAAGAUAUUGAUCAGUUUUGUACCGACGGACGUGGUGGUAAGCAGAGCGCCUCGUUGUACGAUCUAUAUCGGGAACUUGAAGAGCUUGCUGAUGUGUUUGCCGUUAAAGGAUGCAGUCGAAAAGACAGUAGCUUUACUGUAAAUGAACUCGCCCAAUACAUCGACAAGCAGUAUUAUAUCUUGACGGGAGAAAAGAAAGAAACUCAAGUUCUUGUUCGCUCAGUUCAAAGCAUUUGUCUUGAUCUUCGUCGUUGGGGCAUUCACUACUCAGCCAAUAAAAUUCGUCCCUAUUGGAUUGGUCAUGAGCGAGAAGAUGUGGUCGAGCACCGGAAAAAAGUCGUUGACUAUUUUCUUAGUCGCGAAACUCAUUAUUAUACCGUUAGUCAAGGUGAAGAUCCGAACGAUGAAGAAUGGGCAGAAGCCGUCAGGAAACAUCCCGACCUAGACGAAGACACCGGCAUCGAUUACGUUCCUGGGACAGCGUCAGCCUCGAUCGCUCUUGAUGGAGACAACUACUUCAACAACAACUCGAUACUCUCUCAAUUCGAAAGACUUUUCAAAAUGCUUCCUUUCAAGAAGGAAUUUGAAGGACACCAAGUAGAGCUGUUGGUUGACAAUGCGACCACUCACUCCGCUCGUGAAUACACCAUCAACGACUUUGGCCGAGGGACAGGGACGCGUUGUCCAGUAAAUGCAAUUCAAUGGCUCGAUAGUGCUGGAAACAAGAAAAAGAUCGAUUGUUUUUUUCCAUCGUCUCAGGGUGAGACUAAGAGCAAAGGUCUUCUCGUUAUUAGUCAGGAGUUAGGCUUGAACCUUGCUCCUAAUAUUUUGUUGAAAGAUCUGAAAGUGGAACUUCUAAAGCAUCCGCCAUUUAACAAUGUAACGAAGAUAGAAAAGUUAGCGAACGACUACAGCGUGACGUUGAUAUUCCUUCCGAAGUAUCAUUCAGAAAUGUCUAGUAUUGAAGGCGUUUGGUGUCACAUGAAGCAAUUUGUUCCUCGGAAGAAUUUCGAACGAAAGAAUGUCAAUAUUAAGCUUCAACGACGCUUCUGGAAAUGUCUUCAUGGCUGCGCUGAAGGCAAAGAAUAUCAAGAUAUACUUUCUCUUUUCUUUUCAUCUGCUUGUCAAAGUGAUACUCUGUCUCAUCGGAAGACUACAAACACUAAAAUCAACGAUGACUCAUUAUUUGUGCCAUUUCUUAUUUACAAAAAAACAUUCAAAAUGAAUUACAAAAAUGGUGCUCUUUUUUACUUUCUGUUUAUUGUCCUGAUUGGCAUUGUAGCUGGAAACAAACUGGCAGCCGCCUUUGAUAUACAGUUAGAAGAAAACGAAAUUGUCAUGGAAAAUCUUCGAGAUCAUGGUUGUAAUGGACCGCAUAAUUAUCAUCAUUUUUUCUGUCAAGGUUACUGUAGAAGUGUUGGAUAUGCAGGUGGUCAUUGCAGCAAACGUUUUCAAUAUAAAGAAUUGGUAUUUUUCUGUCAAUGGACGAUAAUUAUUGGUCAGUUAAAUCUGUACGAUACUCAACUAAUAACAACUGACGAUAGUUUACAGUUCAAUUGUUUAAAGUAUUACGUACGAGUUGAAAAACCAGCUUAUCAAGAUUUAGUCUAUGUAACUGAUGAACUUAUUCCUUAUUGCUUUCGUCUGACAAAUGAAACAAAUCUGAAAAUACAGACAAAUUUUCUUAAUCCACAUAGUCAAACGUUGACUUUCGAUGAUUUACGUCGAACUAACAUCACUAGUCAACAAUUACUUUUAUGGUCGGUAUCAAUUGAUCUCGCUGAGCGAUAUCAGUUUUACCUAGACAAAUUGGACUGGUCAUUGAAUGAGCAGUUUUACAACUGUUCAAAUGGCUGGUUUGGUAAUCGAUGUCAAUAUGUAUUCGAGCAAAAUACGAUUAUGUCAAUUGAACAAAUCGUAGAAAUACAGUUUCAUAGUAGAACAACAUAUGAAGAAUCUACGAACAUAGCGACAGAACUGUCAUGCUACAUUCAUCUGCCGUGUGAUCGUGGCGGAGGAAAAUUAUGUCUCGAUUGGCGUGAAAUAUGUGAUGGUCAUGUCGAUUGUCUUAAUAGAGGUGUUGAUGAAGCUCUAUGUUUCGAGAUGGAGAUAAAUGAAUGUAAUGAAGAUGAAUUUCGAUGUUACAAUGGUCAAUGUAUUCCUCAUACUUUUCGAAAAAAUCAUAUCGACACGACCGAUUGUCUUGAUCGAUCGGAUGAAUCUUUCGAUGCCAAUAUUAUUGAUUCUUGUUUUCAAGAUCCAACAUUCCGUUGUGAAGAACAUUCAUGUCGAUCCGAUGCGAAUCGAUUUGUGUGUGGAGAUGGGCAAUGUGUCGAGAAGUUUCACAAAUGUCACAAUGGACGUCAUGCCUUAUUAAGAGAAACAAUGGCCAUUAAAGGUAAUUUAUCCGACAACUGUUGGAUUGCUAUGGUUUGUCUCACGUCACUUCGUGCAAAAAUCAAUAAUAUUUCAUGUAAAUCAUUACUAGUGAAUGGUGUAAUCUUUCAAUUUCUGAAAGACUGCGAUCCUUUAUUUCAAUUUCCAGGUAUACCAAUCUACCAUAAUCACAUUCGUUUCUUGUAUUCUCGAUAUCAAUGGCUUCAAAAUUCUAGUGACUUUUUCUGGCCACAAUAUAUUUGCUAUGAUCAGCAACUAUGUGAUGCUAUCAAACCUAUAUAUUUAUAUGAAAAUGUAUCUUGUAUAAAUGGUACUGAACUGCAUGAUAUCUAUUCGAACACAGACGAAGAUCCGUGGUUUAAUAUGAACUUUCCGAUAGGUUUUUUAUUUCGUGGUUGUAUUUUAACACAUGGUAAUAUUCAUAGCAAUGAGAUGAUAUAUCAAGAACAUUCAUCUUUGUAUUCGUGCAAAAAUUCAUUAAAACGUAUUUCUAAACAUCGUAUCAAGGACAACAUAUAUGAUUGUUAUUUAAUGGAUGAUGAAAACUAUAAUGAAAGUUGCGCACUGAACGAUAGACAUAGAACUAGAUGUGCUGAUGAUGACAUAUGUCUAGCACCGUUCUUAAGUGCUAGUUAUUGUCCAUCAGUCAUUGAUCAAUAUGAAGAAAGACAUUCGUUUCAUGAUUUAUGUCAAAAAAUGUGGUUGGAUGAAGAAUCAAAUAAUCAGACUGAUUUAUAUGACUUUACAUGUUCUUCUCAAUGGCCAUGCAAAAAUAUGUAUACUCAAUGUGAUGGUCUUCGAGACUGCGAAGAUGGACAAGAUGAACAAAACUGUGCACAACAAACUCUGUGUGAUUUAAAAACUCAGGAGUGCAUAUCUCCAUUGAACUUUACAGUAAUCUGUUUACCUCUCGAGCAAGUGGAUAACAAACAAGAUGAUUGUCUUGGUGCAUCCGAUGAGCUACAACUCUGUCGAAGCAAAUAUUUGGGAGGUAACAGUUCUAGAUGGUUUCGCUGUCGAAAUAUAAGUAAAUGUUUGUUAUGGACUCACUUAUGUGAUAAUCAUCUUGACUGUCCUGAGGGUGACGAUGAAAUCUUUUGCAACAAUCGAAAAUUAUCCUGCGAUGCAAGUUCAAUUAGUAAUUGGACUGUCGCUCAAGUUCUUUGUCGAAUUAAUGAAAUACAAAUGCAUAGAACUAAAUAUUUUUCAAUUUACACUUCUUCAAAUUAUCCUUCAUUAGAAUCUGAUUUAUCUCCAUGGAUAAUAGAACAACGUUUUGUUGAAGAAAAGAAAGAAUUCUUUGGAAAGAACGUUUCAUGGCCAUGGUAUUGCAAUCGUGGACUACAUUUUUAUGAAUUAAUCGAACUGAAUACUAUUAAUGAUCAAUGUAUUUGUUCGCCAAGUUAUUAUGGUAAUUUAUGUCAAUAUCAAAAUCAACGAGUCAGUCUUACAAUGCAAGUAAUUGCAUAUAAGAAUGAAUUGAUUUAUUCCAUUAUUAUUAUGUUAAUUGAUGAAGAACAAACAAUUAAUUCUCAUGAACAAUUUGUCUACAUACCUAAACAAAGUUGUAGUAUUACAUUAAAUCGUUAUCUAUUAUACAGUACGCGUCCAAAAGAUAUUUUAAAGAAGUACAGUUUACGUAUUGAUGUCUUUAAUAAGCAUAAUCUAAAUUAUAUUGGUAGUUGGCAUUAUCCAAUUCCUUUUCUUUUUCUACCGGUUAAUCGAGUGGUCAUCGAUUUAUUUAUCAUCGAACAUCUCGAUUCUACUUCAUCGGAUUGUUCACGAAAAUGUUAUCACGGAGAAUGUAUGAAAUAUUUCAAUACAAAUACAACAUUUUGUCGAUGUCAUGAGAGUUGGUCAGGUAUUGAUUGUAAUAUGAAAAUCAAUUGUCAGAAUUGUUCAUCUGAUUCUCUCUGUAUUGGUUUCGUUAAUAAUCGGCCUAUCUGUAUUUGUCCAUUGACUAAACAUGGACCUCGAUGUUUAUUAACGUCAUUGUGUGUACCAAAUGCUUGCGAAAAUGAUGGUCAAUGCGUUCCUAAUCAUGUCAAUGGCCUAGAAAAUACAUAUAACUGUAUUUGUUCUUCGUCAUACUUUGGAACACGAUGUCAAUAUAUGAAAGGCAAAAUUGAAGUUUCUCUGAAUGAUAUCGAUAUUCCAUCAUUUGCUUUAGCUUAUUUCUUCACAUUAUCGAAUGAAUCUGAACCAACGAUUACGAUUGUUUUACAAAAGUUGACUCUUUUUCAACGUUUUGUUACUUUUCAUAUAUCGAUUCCGUUUCAUUUAAUGAUUGUAGAAGUAAAUGAAAAGUUCUAUCUAACCAUUAUUCAACAAUUACCUCGAAAAGAAAUUUCUACGUCAAUAGAUUUUAAACGAGAAUGUUUUUCUCUUGACAUAUUAAUGAAUUCAACAAUGUUAGAAAUGAAACGAAUUCAACGCAUUAAAUACUAUCAUCAUCUAUGUGAAAUCUAUCAUCAUCUUCAAUGUUUCAUCGAUGAAACUUAUCUAUGUUUAUGUACGAAUGAUCGUCAUGCAAAUUGUUUAACUUUUCAUCGACAUCUCAAUCUACAAUGUACAUCAAAAGAUUCUUGUGAAAAUCACGCUAAAUGUAUUCAAGAUCAUCCAAUCUGUUCAAAUGCACGAAUUUGUGUUUGUUCAAGUUGUUUUUAUGGUGAUCGAUGUCAAUACUAUACAAAAGGUUUUGGCGUUACAUUGGAUGAAAUCAUAGGUUUUGAAAUUCGACGAAAUAAAAAUAUUUUUAAUCAACCAUUCUCUGUUCAAUUAAGUCUUCUAUUAACAAUAUGUAUGUUUAUUAUUGGAAUGUUUAAUAGUAUUUUAGCAAUAUUUACAUUCAAUCGUAAAAGAUGUCAAGAAGUUGGUUGUGGUAUUUAUCUAUUUUAUUCAUCGAUUACUUCAUUAUUAAUUGUUAUUUUAUUAAUAUGUCGUAUAUGGUUUUUAUUUCUUUCACAUAUGAUUUAUUCUCAUCGAUAUCAUUUAGCUAUUACUAGUUGUUUCGGAAUUGAAAUUCCAUUGAAAAUUCUUUUAUAUUUACAUAAUUGGUAUAAUAGUUGUGUAGCUAUCGAACGAACAUGGGCAGUGUCUACUGGAAUUAGUUUUAAUAAAAAAAUCAGUAGACGACUAGCGAAAAUAAUUGUUCAUAUUUUGCCUAUCGUCAUUGUUAUUCUUAUGAUUCCUCAAUUUAUUCAUUUUUCAAUAUUUUUCGAUGAGAAAGAAGAUCGAACAUGGUGUGUUAUAAAUUAUCGACCAUGGUUACAAAUAUACAAUUUAAUAAUAAUUUGUUUUCAUUUUCUCGGUCCUUUAUUGAUUAAUUUCUUUUCAUCGAUAUAUAUUAUAGUAAGUACUGCUUAUCAACGAGCAAUGAUUCAUACGGAUGAUCAUUUUCUUCGACAUUUUCAUAUUAAAUUGAAACAAUAUCGACAUCUUUUAAUUAGUCCAAUGAUUUUAGCUACUCUUUCUUUAUUUCAUAUUGGAAUAAUAUUCUCAAUGGAUUGUAAGAAAUCAUCUCGAUAUCUUUGGUUUCAUCUUCUCGGUUAUUUCAUUUCAUUUCUCCCAUCAGUUUUCGGCUUCAUUAUUUUUGUUUUACCUUCAAAAAUUUAUCGAAAAAUGAUAGUUAGGAAAAUCUUUUAUGGUAAUAGUGUAACUAGUGGCUUAGUAUUUGGUUAUAUCUAUCUUGGAUUAAUGUUAGCUAUUAUUAUAACAGAUACACUUCGCACAGUAUUUUGGCUGCAUCGAAUAUANCUUGGUACGAUAUGCAGUUUCCAUCUUGGUGAUCACGAUGCAGCAUUAGCUUACAACAAAGAAGCAUUAGCGAUCAAGUUACGAAAUCCAAAUCAAAGUCCGUGGAUGCUCUAUACAAAUAUAUCUUCUCAUUACUUCAGUCGAAAAAAUUAUCCUGAAGCACUGAGAUUCCAACUGUUAAAUCACGAAGAUAUAUUGAAUCGAUUUGCAUUAAAAGCAACCGAUAAUGAUGCUACUCGACGAGAAAAAAGAUAUAUGAUUGCCCGAAGUUAUAUGACAGUAGGAGAUUAUUAUACUCCAUUGGAUCGGCAAUUAUCCCUCCAAUAUCUUCAAAUGGCGAAAAAUCUGUAUCAAGAACUUGAACAUCCUUCAAGUGCCACGGAAAUUGAAAAAAUCGAAAAGAAAAUAGAAGCAUUGUGCACAUAG